AUGACCACCGCAACCAAGAGAAAGAGAAUCUCAUCUGGUUUAGUUGUUGCUCAGAAGGUCUUUGUGAGAUCCAGAAAUGGUAAUGCACUGAAAGUAGUGAGAGAACACUACCUAAGAGAAGACAUUCCUUGUAACAGUAAAGGAUGUGAAAUUUGUGCAAAUCUAUACGUUGCAGGCCCAACUGGAGAAAUCCCGCACCCUGUUUUAUCUAGUGAUCCAUUGAAUAUUAAAUCAGAAAAAAUUGGUAAACAUUACCUUGUUAUUGAUACAAACAUAGUUCUUAAUGCAAUUGAUAUAUUGGAAAACGAUAAAGUUUUUUACGAUGUGAUAAUUCCCCAGACUGUGUUGAAUGAAGUACGUAAUCAAAGUUAUCCAAUAUACAUGAGGCUUAGAACUUUAACAAAAAAUGAAGAUAAACGAUUUGUGGUGUUCCAUAACGAAUUCAAGGCUUCCACUUACCUUGAUAGAAAAACAGGCGAGACGAUAAACGAUUACAACGAUAGAUUAAUUAGAGAAACUGCAAAGUUUUAUAACUUGCAUCUAUCUCCAACUGGUAUUAAAACACUACUCAUUACCGGAGACAAGGCUAACAAACUGUUAGCAGCAAAAGAUAAUAUCAUGGCUUUCACGGUUCAUGAAUACAUCAACUUAUUACCAAAUUCUGAAGAAUUGAAAGAUAUUCUACCAUCCACUGAAUCCUUUGAUAAAAGCAUCAAUGAAAUCAAGUACCCCGAAUACUACACAUCUGCUAGACUUAUGGGUGGUAUCAAAAACGGUAGUUUAUAUCAGGGUAACAUUAGCGUCUCAUCUUAUAACUUUUUGGAGGGCACUGUCUCUAUUCCUAGCAUGCCUAAACCACUCUUAAUUUUAGGGAGAGAAAAUCUAAAUAGGGCGUUCAACGGAGACCAAGUUGUUGUUGAACUUUUACCUAAAAAUAAGUGGAAAAAGCCAUCAACAGAGAUUAUUGAUGAAGAAAUAGUUAACAAAGAUGGUGUUGGUGAUGACGAUGAUAAAGAGCUCAUUAUAUCAGAUAAAGAAAGAAAGUUACUUACUCAAGAGGCAAUCAAAGCUCAAGGUGCAGAAAGUGAAGAAGAAAGGAUUGUUCCAACAGGAAGAGUUGUUGGUAUAAUCAAAAGAAGCUGGAGAUUAUAUGUCGGACAAUUGUCUCCAAGUAGUGUCAGAAAAGAUGAGGUAGUCAGUAAUGCUCCUAAAAAUGUGUUUGUCAUUUUGAUGGAUAGAUCAUUACCCAAGAUUAGGAUCAGAACUAGACGGGCUAAAGAAUUGAUUGGCAAGAGAAUUGUAGUUGCCAUCGACAGUUGGGAGUCCAAUUCCAAAUUUCCGAGCGGACAUUUUGUCAGGACCUUAGGAGAGAUAGAAGAUAAGGAUGCAGAGCAAGAGGCUUUAUUGCUUGAACAUGACGUUGAAUAUAGGCCAUUCUCAAAGAAUGUGUUGGCUUGUCUUCCAAAAGAAGGACAUGAUUGGAAGGUACCUGAAAAUUUGGACAUUAGUGAUCCGCAAUUGAAAAAGAGAAGAGAUCUAAGAGAUAGGUUGAUUUGCUCUAUUGACCCUCCUGGGUGUGUUGAUAUUGAUGAUGCCUUACAUGCUAAAAGAUUACCAAAUGGUAAUUAUGAGGUGGGUGUCCAUAUUGCAGAUGUUACUCAUUUUGUUAAGGCCGGGACACCAUUAGAUCAAGAGGGUGCUUCCAGGGGUACGUCUGUCUAUCUUGUUGAUAAAAGAAUUGAUAUGUUGCCAAUGUUGCUAGGUACAGACUUGUGUUCUUUGAAGCCCUAUGUCGACAGGUUUGCGUUUUCGGUACUGUGGGAAAUGGAUGAGGAAGCAAAUAUCAUUAAUGUUGAAUUUACAAAGUCAAUUAUAAAAUCAAGAGAAGCUUUUGCAUACGAACAAGCACAAUUGAGAAUUGAUGAUGAGAGCCAACAAGAUGAGUUAACUAAGGGUAUGAGAAUCCUCUUAAAGCUGUCCAAAAGGCUAAAACAAAAAAGAUUGGAUGCUGGUGCUUUGAACUUAGCUUCUCCUGAAGUUAAAGUUCACACCGACAGUGAAACCUCCGAUCCAAAUGAAGUGGAAAUUAAGAAACUUUUGGACACGAAUUCCUUGGUUGAAGAAUUUAUGUUGUGUGCUAAUAUCUCUGUUGCGAGAAAAAUAUACGAAGCUUUCCCACAGGUUGCAAUGUUGCGUCGUCAUGCAGAACCGCCAGCCACUAAUUUUGAGCAGUUAAAUGACGUUUUACGUAUAAAGAAGGGGUUGUCUAUUUCAACCGAAAGUAGCAAAUCGUUAGCUGACUCCUUGGAUAGAUGUGUUGAUCCAAAAGAUCCAUACUUCAACACAUUAAUUAGAAUUAUGGCUACUAGAUGUAUGAUGGCAGCGGAGUAUUUUGCUGCCGGUAAUUUCAGUUAUUCAGAAUUCAGGCACUAUGGUUUGGCUGUUGAUAUCUACACUCACUUCACGUCACCAAUUCGUAGGUACUGUGAUGUUGUAGCUCAUAGACAAUUAGCAGCAGCUAUUGAUUAUGAACCGCUUCACGAAAUCCAUAUGGAUAAAAAUAAAAUGGAUUUGGUUGUUAAGAAUAUCAAUAAACGUCACAGAAAUGCCCAGUUUGCCGGUAGAGCAAGUAUUGAAUACUAUGUCGGUCAAGUCAUGAAGAAUAACCAAAGUGAUCAAGAGGGUUAUGUAAUAAAAGUGUUUUCCAACGGAAUUGUCAUUCUUGUUCCUAAAUAUGGAGUUGAAUCAUUGAUCAAAUUAGAAGUCAUGGGUGAUGUGAACUCUGCAGUGUUUGACGAAGACAACUAUAGCUUAAGCUUUGUUGACAAAUCCGGCUCAAAAAGAUCUGUGUCUGUUUUUGAUAAAGUUGAUGUUUCUAUUGAAUCCAUACUAGACGACUUUACUGGUAAAAGACGGGUUCAACUGUAUUUGAAAUAG